AUGACCCUUCCCAUAAGCAAGAGUCGCGCUCCUUGGCGCAAUAUGCUCGAGUCGCAUCUCGAGAAAACCAAGGGCUACGACUUCACCAUCGCAACCGUCGGUUAUGAUUCUCAGGAGCGCCCGGUCCCUCGCGUCCGAACGUGCGGCUUCCGCGGCUUCUUCCCGGAGCUAGAGCUCCAUCCGAGCGGGCAGAAGGAUAUGGAUCAGCAGGUAGAGGAUGGUGGAAAUCCGUAUGUUUUCGAGAGUGACAUGUUGACAUUCACCACGGAUGUCCGGAUGGAAAAGCUGGAGCAGCUGGAAUCGACGGGUAAUAAUAUCGAGGCCAUGUUCUGGCUGAAGGAGGUGAUGGUGCAGUGGAGGAUCAAGGGCAGAGCCUACUCCAUUGGUAAUCCCAAUCCCGGUUCAGAGAAGGAGUAUGGACUGCUACCUGAGUUAUUCGAGGCUCUCCGGGUCAAAGAAGAUUACCAUGGGAAUCUCAGUGUGGACGCCCGUAAGUGGACGUGGGAGAAGGCUGUAACCAAGUAUUUUGCAAAUCACUCGCCUGUCAUGCGCGGCUCCUUCAGAAAUCCACCUCCUGGUCAGCCUAGGUCCCAACUGCCUAGCAAUCCAGACUUGAGGCUGGGCCAGAAGGUUACCGAUCUCCACGACCCGGUGGCUCGUGAAAACUUCCGGGUUGUACUUAUUCUGCCCGAGGAAGUGGAACAACUGGAUCUCUCAGAUUUAGAUGAUGUUCGUAGGCGGAAGUGGACGCUGGUCAUGGGUGAGGAUGAUGAAGACGGGCCUCAUGGACAGUGGGAAGAAGCCGAAUUCUGGCCAUGAUCAUCGUUUUCCACCUGCUGCCACCUAAAACAAUGAUAUUGAAGUCCAUUUUCAGUAAAACAGGCUCGCUGCCUUCCAAGUUUGCUCUUCCUGUUGCUGCCUUGAGACCGGG